GCCUUGUCUGAACCUUUUGCCAAAAUUGGGAACCGUUCUGUUUCUCCAUAUUCAUUUCUGUUGUCCUAAGUACAGAUUUCUCAUCUGGGGCCACAACAAACUACAAUUCCCAGAAUCCUACAACACUGAGCCAUGACAGUUUAAAGUGGUGUCAAACUGGAUUAUUUCUGCAGUAUGGAUGUGGCCCGAUUUUACCCAAAAUAUUCCACCUGGUUGUUCAAUUCCUUUUUCCUUUAAAAUCAGUUCGCUUUUAAAAAGAUGAAUUCUCACACCAUUUCACUGAGUUUGAGAAGGAACAUAAAAUGCUUAAUCCUUUAAUUUUGUGCCCAACCCGAUCUAUAUGAGCCUUGAAAUUGAAUCCCAACGUCAUUUUGCAAACCUGCUUUCGGUAACUGAAGCUGUAUUUAUUUUGAGGGAUGAAACUCUGCCCUGAUUUUUUGAAAGGUGCCAGCAGUGACACCUGAAAGACUAACACAGAGAACCCUCUGGGAAUGGUCUCCAAUGAGAUAUUUGUAAUAACACCCUUUAAUGACACCCUUUUGCUCAUUCUUUCUGCGCAAUCGAACGUUAUCGGAAAGCAAACGGACGAUAUCUUUUUACUAGUUCUCUGGGGCUUAUCUUUAGGGUGUCACCCGCUUUCCUUGCCCCAAGAAUAUUGCCCCAGCUUUAAGGGGAAACAAUUCCAAUGCGAUAAAGGCAUCAUAUCUCAAUGACCCGUCCGCACCUAGAUUUUGGAAAUCCACAUAUAUAAAGCAGAAGGGUUCGGCUUUGGCUGGUCUUCAGUCUCUCCUCCAGCAACAAAAUGAAGCUGAUUAUCCUGAGCAUCGCAAUUCUGGGAGCCUUCCUGGCCCCGACUUUGGCCUCCGUUAAUAUCAAUGAAAGGAACCAAGGAAAUGUUGGCGGACAUACCCAUCAGUCCGUGAGCAUUGACAACCAGAGGCAGGUGGUGAACGUGGACGAUAACAACGGCUGGCAAUCCUGGAACACUGUUUGGGAUUACAAGAGCGGCUACCUUGCAACCCGGUUCCUGUCCACAAAAUCCUGCAUCAUUGCCAAAAUGAAUCCAGAAAUCAUGCCAGACGUCACCACUCUUCCUCAAGCCAUCAAAGAAAAGCAGAAGGCUAGCACUAAAGAACCUGACCACAAGAUUACUUAUAUGAUCUCCUCCAAGAAGAUCGCAGACUUGACGCCGUACGGGAAGAGCAUCGAAGCCUUGUGCAGAGGCAUCCCGACCUUCCCUGCUUACGAAGUGAAAGGGCAGAGCUUUUUCUACUACUCUGGAUCCUGCUUCGAAGCAAACAUCCUCUGCCUUCUGGGGAUCCACUAUUGCGGAGAGAAAUACGACUACUAAGAGCACCCCAUUUUCUGCUGCCUGGCAAUUUGACCCUCCCUCAGAUCAAAACCUCUUCCGACUUUGGAUUUAGUCCUCCGUCUUUUUCUCGUUGUGCUUGGAGCGCAGAAAAAAAUCGCAAAGGUGUGGAGGUUGGUUGCCGAUUAAAAAUGUCCCUAGAAUAAACAA